GUGAAGAAGCUGCCGCUGAUCUCAUCUUCCAGUUUCCAGAGAUUUCAAAGUUUUUGUCUUUUGAUCCAGAUAUCGAUUUCAUUGAGUUAUUGGGGAGUUUUGUGGUAUGCUGAAAAGAGAUGUCUUUGAAAAGCAUCCUUCGUGAUCUGAAGGAAGUGAGGGAUGGACUUGGAGGUAUCUCCAAGAGAAGCUGGUCAAAGUCGUCUCACAUUGCUCCUGAUCAAACAACUCCACCACCGGAAAACAUCCCGCAGAGCCCAUGGGCUUCUUUGCCACCUGAGUUGCUUCAUGACAUUAUCCGGAGGGUUGAAGAGAGUGAGACAGCUUGGCCCGCUCGAGCUGCUGUUGUCUCUUGUGCUUCUGUCUGUAAAUCAUGGAGAGGAAUCACUAUGGAGAUUGUGAGGAUCCCUGAGCUGUGUGGGAAGCUCACUUUUCCAAUCUCAUUGAAACAGCCGGGGCCGCGAGACUCUCCGAUUCAAUGCUUUAUUAAGAGGAAUAGAGCAACAGCUACAUACAUUCUCUAUUAUGGUUUGAUGCCUUCGGAGAUAGAGAACGACAAACUGUUGUUAGCAGCAAGAAGGAUUCGAAGAGCGACGUGCACGGACUUUAUAAUCUCGCUAUCUGCGAAAAACUUCUCACGGAGCAGCAGCACUUAUGUUGGCAAGUUAAGGUCUGGUUUUCUGGGAACCAAGUUCACAAUAUAUGACAACCAAACAGAAUCAUCCACAGCACAAGGCCAACCUAACCGAAGAAUUCACCCCAAGCAAGCGGCCCCUAAAUUACCUGCUAAUAGCUCUACUGUAGGAAAUGUAACCUACGAGCUCAAUGUUCUUCGCACAAGGGGACCUAGAAGAAUGCAUUGCGCUAUGGAUUCCAUACCCCUCUCUUCUGUUAUUGCUGAACCAUCAAUAGUUCAAGGCCUAGAAGAGGAAGUCUCUUCCUCGCCUUCACCAAAAGGAGAAACCAGCACAACAGACAAAGAGGUCCCUGAUAUUACUCCAAGCUUAAGGGACCAGCCGCUAGUUCUCAAAAACAAAUCCCCAAGAUGGCACGAGCAAUUGCAGUGUUGGUGCCUCAACUUCAAGGGAAGAGUGACCGUGGCUUCAGUCAAGAAUUUCCAGCUUGUGGCAGACAUUGACACUUCUUUGGAUGCGCCGCCUGAAGAACAUGAGAGGGUGAUCUUACAGUUUGGCAAAAUCGGUAAGGACAUUUUCACCAUGGAUUAUCGCUACCCUCUCUCUGCUUUUCAAGCCUUUGCUAUAUGCAUCAGCAGCUUUGACACCAAACCGGCAUGUGAAGGGUAAAGUUAACCGGAGUUAAAUCCAUCUCUGCAAAUCAUCAUAGAAGGCUUUUCUUAUCUUUAGGUUUCAAUGUAUCAAUCCACGAAAAGCUCUUUGUAUGUAGAUUGUUGUAGCUCUUUUGAACUAUGCUUUAAACCCAUCUCUCCAAAUUCACCGUGUCAGAAGUUUGAUGGGGCUUUUGGUGGAUAAGCUUAAUGAAGUUAUGAUUGUUAU